UUUUAGUAGACACCAGAAAGGUGUUUAAUUCUUGCUUAAUUGACAUUGAGUUAUUAUUGAAACGUGGCGAGAGUCAGUAUGCUGUUAAGCGCGGUGGUAAUUUGUUAUUGUACGAUAGUUGCAAAUGCAGAGACGCCUCUGAACAGCUACUCUUUUACUGGCGGUAGCAAUGGGUACGAUUACAGUAACACCGUUACUAGUAAUGGAUACUUGGGAUCUAAGGAUAGCUAUCGAAACGGUGGAAGCUUUUAUGGUGUUGGAGACAUCAAUCACAAAUUACCCAACCAUGUCGGCACUCACUCGUUAAUUAACAUCGGUAAUCAGGAAUAUCAAAGUAGUAUCGGAGGAAAUGACGCAGGAAACAGUUAUAACGGAUAUUCCGCGAACGAUCAAGGAAAUGAAUAUGCAGGAUAUUCCAAUAAUUAUGAGAAUUCCGCUAGUGAAUCUUACACUAAACCCACUUAUCCAACGUCUUCACCACUCAGAGGAUAUAUUGACGCUAAUAAUAACGGGGAAUCGACUUUUAACACGUACACAAGCGAUUCGACUCAUAAAGACUCUGAUGUUGGUCAAUACGCGGCUAGUAGUAGUAGUAGUAGUAGUAGUAGCAGCAGCAGCAGCAGCAAUAAAAGAAUACCCGCUUAUUCCGGAUACUCCAGGCCAACCCGGAUAUCAGACAAUUAUCCUGAAAGUUCUACUAUUAACGGCGUACAGGGAUAUCUCGAGUCGUCCGGCUCUUCAAGUUAUUCCGAAAGUGAUCACAUCUACUCGCCUUAUUCGCCAGGUGGUCUGACUAGCGAGUACUCGUUUGGAAAGCAGAAAAACGACCCAUUGAACUUGAAAGGAGGCAACAAGUACAGCGGCAUUUACUCGAUUUCAUCUGGAACGCGUUACACGCGGGGAAAUCCUGUGCACGUGAGCUUCAAUCGCGACGUACCGUCGUUUAUAUCAGGAGAUUCCGGGUUGAGCAGUCACUUUCCCAAGGCACACAAUACUUAUUCUUCGGGAAAAUUGAAUAAACACGGCUACAAAUUAUCUCGUUACACUCCGAAUAGCAGCGCAACUUAUGUGUCGAGAGAACGCGAUGGCUAUUACACGCCUUAUGGUAAGGGUGGUGGGAAAGUUAUUAUAAUUAAGAACAACAACCCGAAUUACACCGGUCGUGUUUACUCCGACGACCCGCUUUACGCUGGCAGUAACGGUGGUUACAGGAGUAAGAGUGGUUUUGCCAAUGGUUUCUCUGCUUCGUCGAAUUUUGAUGGAUACACUGGUAGUAGUAAUUACAAUGAUGGUCCCACUGUACUCAGACGAUACAGGGCCAGUGGUGGUCCUGUAUUUGUGCAAAAGUCUGUUAACUUCCAAGAAUAG